CAAAGUCCCAAAGGACUGGGGCUCCGUGCAAGCAGACGAUCAAGUUGGGCAAAGGUUGUCUUGCGCCAAGAAUCCUGGCGGGAGUGCUGAAACUCCCCUUUCUGGCCUGAACGCCUCUGAGCCUCUGAGCCCCAUGACAAUCUUCUUAUCCCCUUUUCUUGGGAUCUCUAAUACCGGUAUUACCUUCUUUCUAUUCUUUCUUUCUUUUUUUCCCCUUCCCUCCCCUUCUCGCCUCACCCUCUCUACUUUUCCUUCAUUCCCUUAUCUACCCCCUUCCCCCUCCGUCCAUUCAAUUCCCAACGGUUCAACUUCACUCUUUCGUCGUGUUAAUUCUUUGUUGCUUUUUUCAAACUUCAACGUCUGUUUGAACGAACCCCUUGCUCUAUCCAACGUUUGAUACAACAGCAGCAACCAGAAUGGGUGUCUUGUCAACUUUGUUGGUCCCCAUGGGACCUUACUAUGAAGAGCUUAUGAGGCUUGGUGGACCUGCAUUGUGUGGAAUUGGGUUCAUUGCUUUUGUUGUGCUGUCCGUCAUUAUCAAUGUCCUCCAACAGCUACUUUUUGUGGACCCUACGAAGCCUCCAAUGGUCUUCCAUUACUUUCCAUUUUUCGGUAGCACGGUGAUGUACGGAAUGGAUCCUUACAAGUUCUUUUCUGGGUGCCGGGAGAAGUACGGGGAUGUCUUUACUUUUGUCAUGCUGGGAAGGAAAAUGACGGCGACAUUGGGUCCUAAGGGGAACGAUUUUGUGUUUAACGGAAAGCUUUCGGAGGUUAGCGCAGAGGAUGCCUAUGCACAUUUGACGGUUCCUGUCUUCGGUGAGGGUGUUGUUUACGAUGUUCCAAACCAUGUCCUCAUGGAACAGAAGAAGUUCAUGAAAUUCGGUCUCACCACUGAGAACUUCCGUUCAUAUGUCCCCCUUAUCGUCGAGCAGGUUGAGGAUUAUAUUAAGAAGUCCAAGUUCUUCAAGGGGGCAAAGGGUUCUGUUCCUCUUUCGGAGAUUAUUCCUGAGCUCACUAUCUUCACCGCCGCGCGUACACUUCAGGGUAAAGAAAUUCGUGAUGCUUUGGAUGGCUCUUUUGCCACAUUGUAUCACCAUUUGGAUUCCGGUUUCACCCCAAUGAACUUUUUGUUCCCAUGGUUCCCCUUCCCACAAAACAAGCGCAGGGAUCAUGCUCAGCGCACCAUGGCUCGGUUCUAUAUGGACAAGAUUAAAAAGAGGCGGGCAAUUGAGAAGGAUGAUGUUGGCCAAGAACGCUCGGACAUGAUGUGGAAUCUUAUGAACUGUUCCUAUAAAGAUGGGCGUAAAGUGUCUGAUAAGGAGAUCGCCCAUAUGAUGAUUGCUAGAACACUCGGGUCCAAACCAACAAGGAUUGUCGCCCGGAUUCUGGCAGAGCAGAAGCGUGUGUUUGGUGACGAACUCGCUCCUCUGACAUAUGAGAAGCUGGUCCUCGAGUGCACCUUCCUCGCCCAAAUCCUCCGCGAGACUCUCAGAAUGCACCCUCCUCUUCACUCUAUUCUCCGAAAGGUUAAAUCUCCUAUGCCUGUCGACGGCACCAACUGGGUUAUCCCUAAGGGCCAUUACCUGCUCGCUGCCCCUGGAGUUUCUGCCAUGGACCAGAAAUACUUCAAGGAGCCCGACCGCUUCGACCCCAACCGCUGGGACGAUCAGAAGCCUGAAGAGGAGGCUGAGAAGUUUGAUUUCGGAUUUGGUCUUAUUUCUAAGGGCACCGCGUCCCCCUACCUUCCGUUCGGCGCUGGCCGUCAUAGGUGCAUUGGCGAACAGUUUGCGAAUGUUCAACUGAUGACUAUCAUGGCAACUUUUGUUCGUAACUUUGAGAUGCAGAGACCUGGUGGCGGCGACGACGUUCCUGCUCCCGACUACUCUUCUAUGAUCGCUCUCCCGACCCCCCCGUGUAUCAUCGAGUGGGUUAGGCGUGAUCCUUAGUUUGAUUGUUAAUUUAAUGGUAGAAUGGUAGAGUAGAUUGCAGAUGGGGGGAAGGAAACAAAAAAGGACCGGAAGGUGUAAUUGGUGUUUGCUUUUUCCUUUAUUACCUCUUAAUACGCUCCAAACAAGACCUUAGUCCCUUUUGCUUUACAUAUUUCUUUUUACGUGUAUAAAUCUAGAUAUCGAUAUUAAUUGACUAGUUUCGUGAUGGCAAUGAUAAUUUUUACGG